AAAAUCCGAUAUCAGAAUUGCAGGAAAUUGAUUUUCCGUUGAUCAAAUGUCCGUCAGGAUGCUCGUCAGCCUUCGUAAUAAAUGCAGAAUAUCGUCCUCCCACAGCGAAAGCGUCACUCACGUGAUUUCUGAGAACAACUCUGGCGAUGAGGUCAGAGCGUGGCUCGACUCGCAGGUCAAAGGUCAAACAGACGCUCAGCUGCUGGACAUCAGCUGGUACACGGAGAGCAUGCGAGCAGGACGUCCUGUGGACGUCCUGGACAGACAUAAACUCCAGGAGCAGCAGAUUAAAGAAUCAAACAAAAAAAUGUUGUUUUCUGUCCCGAGUUACGCCUGUCAGAGGAGGACGACUCUGGACAACCACAACACCGUCCUCACCGAUGCUCUGUCGCUGCUGGCUGAAAACGCCGAGCUCAGUGACGAGGACGGACGAGGCGUCGCGUUCAGACGGGCCGCCGCCGUGUUGAAGGCUCUGCCCGCGCCGGUGACGGACACGAGGCAGCUCAGAGGACUCCCCUGUCUCGGAGGACAUUCGCUCAGAGUCAUCAAAGAGAUUUUGGAGAACGGAGCUUCGAGUGAAGUCGAAUCCACGAAGCAGUCUGAGCGCUUCAGAGCGCUGAAGGUGCGUUAGCUGUUUCACACAAAAACUCGAGUGUGAUUUUGUAGAUUUAUGAUCUAUCGCAGUCGUCUAUAACCACGAAGAGCUCCCCGAAACGAUCUGAUUUCACCAACAGAUCAUUAAAGAUUAAAAAGUCGCUCUUUAGGCUUCAGGAAACUAAAUGUGGAAAAUGUUUAUUUCCCCAAA